AUGUCAAAAUUGAAUGAGAUGUACAUGUACAAUAUAUGGUAUGAGCGGGAGUGCGAUGAUCUUAUGCAAAUUCGGACUACAUGUAUAGCAAAAAUUUGCUCAGUGUUCGAUAAUAAUGAUCAUAACGUUCUAUAUCAUUCUUAUUCAGUCAACGAGAUUGCUACUCGACUUGAUGAGUUGCACCAAACGGGACAGCAAUAUAACAUACCCACUAAUAUUUGGUUUAAUUUUGUUGAAGGAUCCGAUUUUUCGGUAUUAAAUGGAAUAAACAUUUUAUUUGAUCCAGAUCCCAGCUUUGCCUCUAACAUUCAAAUAAUUGAGGUUGAAUUCAUACCUGACUUACAACCUAAUAAUCAUCCAACAAUUGAUAAUGAAAUGCUACAGACAGGCGGGGAUAUUCUAAGUACAACGUAUAUUGUGAGUAAUUAA